GAGUGAAGACGCUCUGAAGGAAAGAAAGAAAAGAAGGAAAGAAGCGUUUGUGCAGACUGGAGGACAUGCGGCGGGUUCUGAGACAAACUUUUCACACACUUAACUUUCAGCGAGUGGAAAACCACAGCUGAAGUGUGAAGAAUGCACUGAAGGAGAGGAGGAAGAGGAGGAAGAGGAAGAGGAGCCGUUCACUCCUAUUGAUCCUGUGUUCAGAGUGAAGAUGCGUCCUCCUGCCGUGGCUCUGACGCUGCUCGGCGUCUUCUUCAGACUGGACGGCCUGAGCGGACAGCGGUCCAAACCAGACCACGGCCACGACGGGGGACGCACAAAGACCCACCACACCAGACAACACCAGAACCAGCCGCACAUUAUAUUCAUCCUCAUAGACGACCAGGGCUUCAAUGACAUCGGCUACCACAACCCCACCAUUCAAAGUCCCACUCUGGACAAACUGGCAGCAGAGGGGGUGAAGCUGGAGAACUACUACGUCCAGCCCAUCUGUACUCCGUCACGCAGUCAGCUGAUGACCGGCAGAUAUCAGAUCCACACAGGCCUGCAGCAUUCCAUCAUCAGGCCCAGCCAACCCAGCUGUCUGCCCUCACACAUGGACACACUGCCACAGCGGCUGCAGCAGCUGGGAUACAGCACACACAUGGUGGGCAAGUGGCACCUGGGAUUCUACAGGAAAGCGUGUUUGCCCACCAGGAAGGGUUUUGACUCUUUCUUUGGUUCUUUGACAGGAAGUGUGGACUACUACAGUUACGGCUCAUGUGACGGCCCAGGGGUCUGUGGUUAUGACCUCCAUGAUGACGAGGGCGUGGCCUGGGGAUACGAAGGGAAGUACUCCACCACCCUGUUCACCCAGAGAGCACGCAAAGUCCUGGAGGGACACCAGCCAACGGAGAGGCCCCUGUUCCUGCUGCUGUCCCUGCAGGCGGUCCACACUCCUCUACAGCCCCCCAAGUCUUACAUCUACCCCUACCGAGACAUGGCUAACGUCGCCAGGAGAAAAUUUGCAGCCAUGGUUUCCACAGUGGACGAGGCGGUGCGUAACGUCACCUACGCCCUGAGAAAGUACGGCUACUACAAGAACAGCGUCAUCAUCUACUCCACCGAUAACGGAGCCCAGCCCUUCACAGGAGGAAGCAACUGGCCCCUCCGAGGCCGCAAGGGCACGUACUGGGAGGGCGGUGUGCGGGGCGUGGCCUUCGUUCACAGCCCUUUACUGAAGCGCAGGAGGAGGGUUUCCACAGACCUGCUGCACAUCACAGACUGGUUUCCAACACUGGUGGGACUGGCCGGAGGAAACAUCAGCCAGAGCCCAGGUCUGGACGGCUUUGACGUCUGGUCCACCAUCAGCGAGGGCAAAGCGUCUCCACGAAAGGAAAUCCUCCACAACAUCGACCCUCUGCACAAACCACCUGCACCCACCACAGCCUGGACCAGCAGCACAGAGGGAGACGCCGUAAUUCAACCAAAGGGCACCGUGUUGAAAAAGACACUCAAGAAGAAGAAAAAGAAGAAGAAGAAGAAAAUUCUGAGGCUGCAGCCCAAGCAGAAGUCCGCCUUCAAAGUCAAGACCUCCAACAAACCUCAUGGAUUUUCCCAUCAUGCCCCUAAAACCAAACCCAAACCCAAACUGAACCUCAAACCCAACACCGAAGCAUCUCCUCAGCAGAAGACCUCGACCAGUCACAGGCCCCGCCCCAAACAGAACACCCACGGCGACCGGAACGCGUUGGCGUCGGGAACAUCUCAGCCCAAAACUCCACCUCAGAAACGACUGGGCUUUAAAUCCAAAUCUAAGAGAACUUUACCCCAAAGCCAGAACCUGUCAGAGUCUGAUCAGACAAAACCCAGACCAGACCAAGUCCAGUUCAGACUCAAAUCCAAGUCCAGACGGACCUUAACCCGGUACCGGAACACGACCCAGGCUGGGACGGCCCCGCCCAGACCGCGGCCCACGCCCCCCCCAUCGGUGUGGGACACAUUGGUCCAGGCCGCCAUCAGGGUGGGAGACUGGAAACUGCUGACCGGAGACCCGGGUCACGGAGACUGGGUCCCCCCACAGGUCCUUACCUCUCUCCCCGGUCGUUGGUGGAACCUGGAACGUGCGUCCUACAAAAGCCCCAAACUCAAAAGCGUCUGGCUGUUCAACAUCACCGCAGACCCGUACGAGCGGCAGGACCUGGCGGACCAGAGGCCCGACGUGGUCCGACAGCUGCUGGACCGGCUGGCCUACUACAACCGGACCGCCGUACCGGUCUACUUCCCCCCCGACGACCCCCGAGCCAACCCGGACCACCACAGAGGAGCCUGGGUGCCCUGGGUGGACGAGGACGAGGACCCCGAAGGGAAAUACCACGGAGUGUACAAGAAAAGGAAGUACAGCAAGAAGAAGAAGAAGAAGACCAAGGGCCGACUGUGCAAACUGCAGUCGUUCUUCCUGAAACUGAACACCAGGAUGAUGUCGAGCCGGAUCUGACGUCCCACAUGGACAGCCGUUAGAUUUACACGACCUUAUCCUUCCUUGGACAUCAGAACUGUCCAACUUAUACUGAAAUGGACCCCAGUCUGUUUGUGUUCUAACAGGGCUCUGGGAUCCAAAACAAUAAGGACUAAUGUCACAAUACAGUUGGAUAUUAUGGGAUAGAUAUCAGUGCAUUGGUUCAUUUGGGUUCAGUUCUUAUCUUUGUUUCUAAAAUGACUCACAGAUGGUUUGGACUGAAUUUGGAUCAACACUGAUGAAUUUUUUUUUUUUUUUUUUUAUCCAUGACUCGGAUUUUAAAUGUUUUAACUCUAAAUUGAUAAAAUAUUAUUCCUGCUCUUUUGUACUCACCUUAAAACCCCUCUAGUCACCCAAAAACUACUCAAAAAUCACCAAAAUUCACCUAAAAAUUACACAAAAAACACCUAAAAGUUACUCAAAAACCACCUAAAAAUUACACAAAAAC